GACAUGUUAUGAAUAAUUGAUUCUUUAUAACUCUUACUGCGAAGAUGGGACAAUUUGGUGAACACUUGGAUUUUUCCGGCCUAUUUAAAUUGGACGUUUUAUUACAUCUUGAUAUUGAUACAUAUAGUUUCUACGAAGUGGGUUUAAACAAACACUUCGCAUUUUUUGGUGGCGAAGACUUGGUAUUAAUGUACAUUAAUGCUCGAGGUGAACGGUUUCAGAAUGAUUAUACUUGUGAUUAUCCUAUUCAUUCUAUGUGUUUCGAACCCAGCGGUACAUGGCUUUUAUUAUUAAGCGAUCAUAAUGUAUUGCUCAUUCCUUUCUUGCCGAUAUUUGUACCAGAAAAUACAUUUGAUUGCAAAUGGUCGUUAUCUGGUCUAAGUGUUUUCCCUUUCGAUAGUAAUCCAAAACCUUCAUCAGUUGUUUGGUGGUUGACAAAGGAGUCUCAGAAUAUAAUAAUUGUUGGUUCGAAGUCGGGAGCAAUAAGAUUUUAUUCCUUGGAGUCCCAGGAAACCAUUGCAGAAUGCAAGGUGUCAAGUGAAAUUAUUGACUUGCAGAUGUGUUUUGAUGACUCAUUAGAUCUGUUAGCACUUUUGAUAUCUAAUGGUAAAUCUCAACAAUGGAAGCUAGUGCUAGAACACAGAUCAUUUGGGUACAAUUGGUUGCAAACACAAGCUCAAAUAGACAAAGACAAGAAAGACAGUUUUAUGUCUUUCAUUAAACAGUUGUCUAAAGAUAAAAUAACAUUUUUCAUUCAAGGAUCUAAAGAUGAUAAUAAGACACAAACAGUCGAACAUGCUUUGAAACCUACUGAAUAUUUACCAUUGUUUCGUAAAGACUCUAACAACUGGGCCCUCACAGCCCAAUAUGUGAAUGGAAGACAUUUCCUAACUGCAUUUGAAUUGAAUGAAGGCACUUUAAUACUCGAAAGCUCUGAAGAACAUACACCAUCUAGAACUUAUAGACCUCACGUAAAGAAAGAUGGCUUAUAUAUACAGGGCUUAUGGUCUCAAAGACUCAUUUAUCUUCUGAAAAAAAAUCAGUUGGAGAUUCACAGUGCAAGCUAUUCUGUAAUUCAGGUUGAUCCAUUAUCAGGUCCAAAGCGAGAAUCCUCCUAUAUGUGUACUGUGGAGUUAAUAGGCGAUGUUCGUCGAGCUCAUUUGAUGUCUGCAAAAGAGCUGGUCACAGCGACGCCAGGUUGGCGCGAGCCGACCUUUUUGCGUGAUUUAGAACUACCCCGGUUUGCCAUCGAACCUUGCCUAAUUAUAACGAGUUGCGGUGCCUAUGUAUUUCACACUGUGUCUGAGCCCUGCGAGUGGUUAGUGGGGUUGAUAAUACGUGGCGGUGAAGGAGCUGAGUUUUCAGCGGGGGCAUUAGCUGCGCCUCUGCCGGCUGUUUUACGGGGUUCUGCCGACAUGCUAAUGUCGCGAGGCAACAUCGCUACCGCACAGUAUCUCUACUCGCUGUCGCAGAGCCAACUAGAUGGAUGGGUAGCUCGUUUGGGAGCUUUUGGAAGAAUGAAUGAAUUGUCUACAUAUAGACACGUUAAUAACAUGGGUAGUCUAGGAAAUGCAGCUAUUACUAUAAAAUUAUUAGCAGUUCUCCUAAAAAUGGGAACUAAUCCCGAAAGGAAAUUUGACACGAAUACAAAAUACACCUCAUUAAGUACUACAGAGUUGCUUGAAUUAUCUUCGGUAGCCGCAGGAUUAGGCCUGUGGGAUAUACUUCCAAUGUUCAGCAUCCAUUGUGGCUCUCCACAUCUAUUACUGGCAGCCAUAAAGUCCCGCAAAGAUAUAUGUAGAGGCGCACUCGGCUGUUUGAUACGAGAGCCGUGCCUUGUACCUCUACUACUUGAAGAAAACGCUCAAUGGCUCUUCGACUUUAUUGUGGGAAAGUGUUAUACGUUGGAUACAACAAUAUUGAAGGAACUGUGCUUGUGGAUGAAUCCUUUACAAGAUCAAUUACGCCCCGUUAUUCGUGAUAUGAAACAGGGUAUAACAUCAGUUUAUACUACAAGAAUGUUAGAUUUAAUAUCGACGUUUAUGCACGUCGUGUGUGCUAUCGAAUCUCGUCACCCAUGUCCUGAUAUACAUUUAGAAGUAACACAAGCUCCUGAGACUUGGAAGAAUCAUUUUGCUCCUAAGAGAUCUUUGAGUUGUGGUCUGGCACAUUGGGCAGUGGCCGACGAAGGGAAUGCGAGGAUAUUUAUGGCUAAUACUCCAGUCAAUACAGAAAUUAUUGGAAGAGUCGUGGAGGUGGCAUGUGGUAGACAUCAUACACUCAUGCUCACUGAAAAUGGGGUGUACGCUGCGGGCGACAACAGGUUCGGUCAGCUGGGCGUGGGCGCGGCGUGGGCGGGCGGCGCGGGGUGGGCGGCGCGCGCGGGCGGGCGGGCGCUGGCGGUGGUGCGGCGCUGGGCGGCGCCGCUGGUGGCGCUGGCCGCCGGCCACUACCACUCCGCCGCGCUCGACCGGGGCGGCCGCCUCUACACCUGGGGAUGGGGUAUUCACGGUCAACUGGGUCUUGGAACUAUAGACUGCCAAUCGGAGCCACAGUUAGUCACAAAACUUCAGGGUAGAAAGGUGUGCGCGGUGGGAUGCGGCGCGUGCCACACUGUGGUGGUGACGGUGGGCGGCGAGGUGUGGGCGAUGGGCGCGGGCGUGUUCGGUCAGCUGGGCGGCGGCGCGCGCCACAAGAGCUCGCUGCCCGUGCGCGUCGCACUGCCGCCCGCCGCCGGGCCCGCGCGCUCGCUCGCCGUCGGAUACUUCCACAACUUGGUGUUAACAACGAAAGGAGAGGUGUGGUGUUGGGGCGCGAGUCCGCAGCAAGUCCGCGCGACGCAUGCGCGUCAGUCUGCGGGCUUGGCGGCCGGACACUCCCCGCCCGCCGAGCCCGCGCCCCCCGUCAUCCCCGUCCCCCCGUACGAGCCGCACUUGUUACCGCAACUCGUCGACACGCACAACGUACGCGGACAGGUCGUAAGGUUGGCAGCAGGCUGGCAUCAUUCAUGCAUAGUCGAUAACUACGGCACUAUAUAUUCUUGGGGCUUAAACUUCGAUGGACAAUUAGGGAGUGGUGACAGAAAACAAGUAGUGAUCCCUACAGAAAUAAAAAUCCGCUCAGAAACUGAGGCAACUGAAAAAACUGAUAUUGCCAAAACACCAGAAAUUGAAAAUCCGGAUGUAAUCACUCAAGUGUUAGUUGCUUGCGGUGGAGACUUCACAAUAUUUGUGGAUGAUGACGGAAAAAUUUAUGCAUGUGGCAAUGCUCACUUACAGAGUAACGGCGAGAGAGAUAAAGAGACCAAUCGCGUUUUUAUGAUGAAGACUACUAAACGUGUAAUUAAAAUACCAACAAACCGAUUGAGCAAUAAGUUCCUGUUUCAACCCAUAGAUAGAUUAGAUAUCAUGUUCCCCUUUGAACUGGAAGAUAAGAAACGAGAUAAUAUUGGUCCUCGAAUGAAUCCAUUGAAUUCCUUGGAGGACUUCGAUAAAACAUCAUGGGCUGACGAUCUUAUUCUGUUACUAAAACCAUGGAUCAAUCAAAACAGUUUAUGCUCAAAUUUAAAUGUCUCAGCUAAAUUGGCCUACUAUAACCAACUGUAUACGGAUUGCCUUAAAUUAUUUUUUGAUAAUUUAAAAUGUGCACCGCAAGAAAAUCGAAUUUAUGUCACUCACACAGAACUAAAAGAAGGUGACAUUUUAGAUAAAGAGAGAAAAUAUCCACUGAAGGAUGAACUUAAAAUGGCCAUUCUAAGUACAAUGCUAAAACGUAUUAAAGAAAUUUCAUUGACAAUUCUCAAUGAAAAAGAAUGUCCAGAAAUUGACCCCUCAACUUACAUACAUUUGCCUUGCUGCUGUAAUGAACUUCUGUACCUUCCAAAUGAUGGAAUAUCGAAAUGUAAUCCAAAUAUACCUCAAGAUGAUAUAUCUCCUAAAGCGGCUGAGAUUAUUGAUAAGUGUAUCAGUUUAUUUCCUGUUGAUACAAAUCUUUGGGAGGUUUGCUUCCGCCUUUCAAAAGAUUUUUAUAUUCAAAAUAAUCUGUGUGUUGCGGAACUCGAAACAGUGUUGCGUAAGUAUAUGGAAACGAACCCAACAACUAUGGCGGCAGCUGUAAUGUUUUCAAAAGAUAGCGUACAGUACAGCCAGAUAUUGACGCCUAAGUUCUAUUUGAACAUGUGCAACAAAGUAUUGGAUACAUGGGGGUGAAUAUUAUGUUAAGACAUACUAAGGGUCGUUGCAAAGAUGUAUGGUUGGUUGUGUUGAAACACAGUAGGUAUUGGUUACAUUACGAAUACCAUGUAUCAAUGGAUACAGUAACUGUACCUACAAUAUAAGAA